AUGGCUGUUCAAGAAUCUGCUACACGCAUCAGUCAACUACUACCGUCAAUAAACUGUGCUGAUUGUGGGCAAACGGUGGAGUUUCGAAAACUUGGAGAACAUAUAUGUAAGGCAGCCCCUGCCGUUCCCGAAUUGCCAAGUUUUUACAAGAAUAGUGGCAAAAAACCAGGUAACGAUGUAUCAAGCAUAAAAAAACCAACUAAUAACUCGAGACCGAACAUCGACCUUUCUGCUACCGAUGAGAACUUACGUGAUAAUCGUCUGUCACCCCGAUCACCCUCACCUUAUGAUGCUACACCAUCUCCAACCGAUUCCGGAUAUUCCAGUUAUUCUACAAGCUCUCCAAACGGAAAUAAACCUUCUCUUCCGUUCAUGCAAAAAUAUCAACAAGUCACUGGAAAACCAGUCAAUUCGCCAUCUGAACAGAGAGAUCGACUGCAGAAUAUAAGCGGAAGUAGUUAUUCUAGCAAAUUUUCAAGUAAUUCUGAUAACUUUGACGAGGUAAUGCAAAAAACCAGACCGCAUGACGCAUAUGGAUCGUCAAAUGAGAGUCGUGGUCAAAGACAGGAUCGCUAUUUGCGAGGCCCUAAUGAUGUUUACCGAGAAGAGGAGCGUAGUCGGAGCAGAUCACCUGCAGGAUAUGACCGCUCCGAUGAUCGAACUGAUUACAGAUUAAAAUUUUCCCAACCUUCAAAUGGCACAAAAGAUUACGAACAGCACUACAAAUCCCCCUAUGGCCAACAAGAUAACAAAUUGCCGUAUGGAUAUGAUGAUUCUGGAACUCGGCAUCUUCACAAACAUUCACAACCAUAUGUACCACCGCUGUUCGAUAAGGGUGGCAAAGAUCAUAGAAAAAAUGAAAGUUCAUUAUCAUCUUUAAAUUCUAGUACAUCCGGCCGUGGAAUUUCUGAUGACUCUAAAGAACUUCUCGAUGGAGGAUUUGAUGAUUUGAUGGAAGUCUUAAUGAGAGAGAUGGACAAUAUGCAAACACCUUCCUCACGAAUCGAUGGUAGCGGAGGACAACAUUUGGGCCAUAUGAAAAAUAAGAGUUCGUCUGGAAGGAAAGAAUCAAUUACUUUAUUUAGCAAUUCACCAAUUGAUUCUUCUCCAAUGUGGGCACUUAAUAAAGCGUGGCAUUCACAUCACCUUCUCUGUACACAAUGUCAUAAGCCUAUCGAUCCAAACGUUGGCCACGUUGAAAAAAAUGAGAAGGUAUACUGUCCAAGUGAUUUUGCUAAUCUAUUUUUACCAAAGUGUCGCAGGUGCAAUCUACCAGUAGAAAGAGAAGCUGUAAGUGCGAGUGAUGGAAAGCUGGAAGGAAAAUGGCAUGUGAAAUGCUUCAACUGUCAUACAUGUAGCAAACCAUUUCCAGACAAAUCUUUUUAUGUCUUUAACAACGCGCCAUAUUGUAAACGACACUAUCAUAAACUGAACAACUCACUCUGCAAAAAUUGUGAUGACGCUAUUGAAGGACCUUGUGCGCAAACAAUUGAAGGGUGGAGAUAUCAUCCAAGGCGCAAAAUUAGAGCAGAAAAGAGAAGAACGCUAUUUCAGAAUAUUUGA